AUGGAAAGCCUCAACCUAGCUUACCAAGAACAAGAUGAGCAACAUACGAUUACAAAUUAUGCCGUGGGUGGGGUAUGCUAUCGGGUAGACGGCCCUGGUGUAGCCAAUUCAAUUGGAGACACAUUCAUAAACGUUGUAAUUAACCGAAAACAAAAUCUAACUGAAAGUAACAUUCUUCGAAGAAGGGGUAUCAAACGUCCAAGAGAGGGAAGGAUGAUGGAUGGUGUGGAAGUCGUAGCCAAAAAACGUAAACUAUCACCACCCGAGGAUGGGGAAUAUUAUUCGAAGUGUGAAGAAAAACUUUGGCACAGAAGAAUACUCCCUGCUCGUUUCAUAGCAGGGCAACGAAGACAAUAUGGUGGUGGAAAAGGAAGACGUCAAAAAAAAUUGUCAAGAGAAGAUGAUGAUACCAAUUCUGAUUCCGAAAACAACUAUAAGCCAAUAAUGGAAUUUCCCAAUGAUGAAGAUAUGAAAUUUUUUAAAGAUAAUGUUUUAUUGUCUUCAGAAGACCCAAAAUUGAAAAGGGAGAAUAGCGCUUUGUUGAAAUUGCAGGACACACGAACUAAAUUCACAGGGCUAGACAAAAUCAAAGAUGAAGCCAUACAUCAACAUCUUUCGAGACUAAUUGACAUUUUCAUUAGAUCGAUGAUACAAAAAGCAAACGGCAGUUUGAAGGAAACACAGUAUUGGCUUACACUGAAUCAUCCGGGAUGUAUCAAUAAUGAGGCAUUUCACGUAAUCCACAAAACAUACGCAGAUGUUCAAGGGAGUACGGUCAUGAACGCGUUAGCAAAGUUAAUGCAAUCGAAUAAAGAUGUACAGAUGGAUGAAAGUUUUUCGGUUACAAUGUACAUCUUCAAAGAGAAAAAGCAUUCAUUACGGGGUAAAGGAAUUUUACCGAGGAGAGGUGUGAGGAAUAGAGAGAACAUUCGAAACGUUCUCAUGGAAAAAAUGUUUGGUCCAAAACAAAAUAGAGUUAUUGGUGACUCACAUUGUUUACCAAAAGCUCUGGCGUUGGGAAAAAUGGAAAGUGACAUGAAAGCUUUACCAAAAGGAGCCGAAAAAGAAGAACUUAGUUUGAGGCUAUACAACCUCACAAGAAAUCAAGUAUCAUUAUCCACUCGCGCUCAAAACCAAUUAAUAGAGGCAAAGAAACUGCUACUGGAUGCUAACUUAGACCCUGACGUGAAAGAACAUGAUCGCCUAGAUCUGGCUGCGCUAGCUUCUUAUCUCUCCGACUACCAGAUAAAGGUAUGGACAAUAGAUGGUCUGUAUCUUGUACCGAUAGAAGUAGAAAGGUUCAAUCCUGAAGGAAGAAAAUUCAUUGGACUGUUUUACUACAAGAAUCACUUUGAAUACGUCAAUCAUACCAAAGGACCAGACCCGUGCAGGUUCUGCUACAAAUGUGCUACUUUUGCAAACGACAACCACUAUUUGUAUUGCAAAGCGAAAUGCAUGAACUGUGGAACAAACACAUGUGAACCUGGAAAUGAUAAGAUCGUUUGUGGCGAAUGUAACGUCUACUUCAAGAGUCAAGACUGUUAUGAAAAACACCUCAAACCAGUAUCUGGAAAAGCAAAACCACAUUGUCAAAAAUACUCCAAAUAUACCAAAUGUGGGGCCAUAGAUAGGCGAGCUUCAAAUGGACAACUCAAACAUGUAUGUGGGGGCUCGUAUUGCAAAAUCUGUAAAGAGAAAUUGGAGAAAAACCACGUUUGUGAGCAUCCACUCCCGACCGAAAAGGACAAAAAGAAGAAACGAGAAAAGCAGAAAACAUACAAAGUUAUUGUAUAUGAUAUGGAGUGUAUUGUUGCAAACUCUGGAGAAUACACAGAACACGUAGAAAGAGGGCCAAAGCAUAAACCAAAUCUUAUCUGCACACAAAUGUUUUGUAAUGAGUGCAUGGGAGGUGGUCAAUGCGAAACAUGUCAGGAAGCUAGUUGCUACAGCUAUAAAGAUGUUCCUGAAGACGAAUUACUGGAUGACAGUGAUGAUGAGUAUGAUGAAGAAACUGAGCACGAAGACGAUGACAUAGACAUGGAACACUUAUUCACAGUCCAAAAGAGGAACACACCUCUAGCGCGAUUUGCAAAAUUCCUGCUCGAAGACCCUAGAGCCAAUAACGCUUACAUUGUUGCUCAUAAUGGGGGUAGUUAUGAUCAUGUGAUGCUACUGGCCGAACUCGACCGACAAGCAGGUAUUAACAGUCAGGAUCCUAAAAUGCUGGUUAAUGGCAUGAAAAUCAUCAGCGCAGACUUUAAAUGUGGAAAACGCAAACUGUAUUUCCGAGAUUCUCUUCAGUACCUCCAAAUGGGAUUAGCAAAAAUGCCUGGGGCAUUUGGUCUCACUGGUGAAGCCAAAGGCUUUUUUCCUCACCUCUAUAAUCAUCCACAAAACUAUGAUAAGAUCCUACCAACCUUACCACCACGUGAAUAUUAUGCACCAAAAUUCAUGAACUCAGAUACAGUAUUAGAGUUCGAAAAGUGGUAUACUGAAAAUUAUAACAAUGGUUUUAAACUUCAUGAUGAGCUGUUAAAGUAUUGCCGUUCAGACGUUAGGAUUCUUGUUCUCACUUUGGUCAGGUUCAUUAAGAUGUGUCAAAACACCUUUAACGAUUGGAACCCCCUUGUCAAUUCUAGAACUCUAGCAUCCUAUGUGAUGUUUGUUCUCAAGAACGAGUAUAUGAAACCGGGGGAUGUGGGUUUUAUUCCUGAAAACGGGUACGGAACCGGCAGUAACUCAAGGAUUGGGCUAAAAUAUCUUCAAUGGAUUGAGAAGAAAAACCCGAGUCUCCAUCUCAAGUAUCAACUUAGAGGUGGGGAACAUAAAAUAGAAGCAAACGGGAGAACAUACUUCGCGGAUGGGUUCAACGAAAAAACAAAUGAGGUGUUUGAGGUAUAUGGCUGUUUUCAUCACGGAUGUCCAAGAUGUUUCCCUGAAAGCGAUCAAAAGCAUCCCCUCAGGAAGGAUGUUACAUUUCUCGACCUUUAUGAAGACACUUUACGUAGAGAACAUGAUUUGAAAAAUGCGGGAUACAAGGUGCGAUCAAAAUGGGUUUGUGAAAUUGACGAUGAGAUGACACGUGACCCUGAGAUGAAAAAAUUCAUAGACCUUAACCAACACGACAAAGGAAUUCACCCUAGAGACGGAUUAUUUGGAGGACGUACACAAGUUUUCAGAUCUUUGGUAACAGCCACACAGAUGUUUUCACUACAAUACUACGACUUUGUGAGUAUGUACCCAUAUCUUAACGCAGGUGGUACUCCGUAUCCCACAGGAAACCCGACGAUAAUAACAGACAAUCUACCACAUGCAGGGGAGGAAUUAAGAUAUCGAGGUCUUGUCAAAUGUGAUGUUCUUCCACCCAAGUCAGCUCGAAUUGGAAUUCUACCUCAGAGAAUCCAUAAAAAAUUGAUGUUUCCUGUUUGUAGGAGUUGUGCUGUGAAUCAAAACAUCAAAGGAGCGUGUACGCACAGGAAAAUCUCCGAACGUUAUAUUUCAGGUACAUGGACCACUGACGAAGUUAAAAAAGCCGUAUCUAAGGGCUAUCGAGUACUAAAAUACCAUGCAAUCAUGCACUGGGAUGAUGACAAGUGGGUGAAAGGAGGAUUUCUGGCGGAUUAUAUCAAACCACUACUGGCUAUCAAACAUCAGAGCAGUGGGUGGCCAAAAGAUGAUAUGACCCAAGAUGAGAAACAAGAACACAUUGACAACAUUUUCAAGAAGGAUGGUGUGAAACUAGACAUCAAUAUGGUCAAACCGAACAAAGCAUUGAGAAGUCUAGCUAAGAUCUUUCUUAAUUCGGCAUGGGGAAAAUUCGCCCAAAACCCCAUGAAAACCGAGACACGGCUAAUCUACAAAAAGGAUGGGUUAGCCUUUACAAAGUUUUUCAAUGAUGUGAAGUAUGAGCCAACAGCCAUUAUCCCAUUCGGCAGUAACAAAUAUUUCAUUUCAAGAAAACCACGGAGGGAUUUUCUAGGAGGAGUUCCAUUCACCAAUCUUGCUAUUGCAGCGAUCACCACAUCAGCAGGUCGUCUACUGCUUUUGGAGGCAAUGGAGAAAGUAGGAAUUGAGAACCUUAUCUAUUGCGAUACUGACUCGCUAAUCUUCAAACAAAUCCAAGGGAUGGAUCCACUGGGAGACAUGAAAGGCACACAGCUAGGAGCUCUAACCAACGAGAUCCCAGAAGGAAAGAAGCUAGUAGAGGUAGUGUGUAUGACACCAAAGGUGUAUUCACUAAAGAUGGAAGAUGUUAAUGGUGAAUUGGACUACACAGUAAAGGCGAAGGGUAUGACCUUGAACUACGGAAACGCCCAAAUUAUUAACCAUACAAGUAUGGCUGAAAGAAUGCAUGACUUCAACACAAAGGGAACAUCAGAACCACUUCAAGGUGAAAUGUUCACAUUCAAACGGGGAGACAAUAUGCUAGACGGGCUCUACACAUACACAACCAAGAAAAAUCUGAACCCACGUAUGGAUAAGGGUCACUACAACACGGAGGGUGUGGUCACACCAUUUGGGUGGCAGCCGGAGGAUAGCGAUGAGUUGGAGGACGACUAUCCGUUCUAUUAGGCAUGAAAUUGAGGGAAUUUAAAUUAUUUUUUAAACCUAAUCAAUAAAAUAUUACAAUGAU